AUUAUCAUUUAUUUUGCGAGUAUGAUGUUGUUUUUCUGUUCAGGCAUUAAUAGUGACUUUGGCAGUGAUAAUUCUGUUGAUUCCUUAGUAGUGACAUGGUCAGUUAUAUUUAUAAUAUUGUUCUUCUGUUCAGGCUUUAACAGUUACUUUGGCAGUGACUUGUUUGUGUUGAUUCUGUUGAUUUCCUUAGUAGUGACAUGGAUAGUGAUUUGUUUUAUUCUUGUGCAGUUGUUAUGGAUACAAGCUAUGUUGUCAAGUUUAUUUAUUCUGGUGAAGCAGCAACAGUUCCAUUGUUGCAUAAUUGGUCGUUUGUUGACCUAUGCAAUUCCAUACGCUCUCGUUUUCCGGAUUUGAUUCAAGGCAAUUUCAUGUUGAGUGAAAGUGUGGUGAGUAAUACAGUGUGUGAGGAUUCUAGUACCAUGCUUGAUGAGAAUGAUUAUUUGGGGUGUUAUAGGGCAGAGGCACCGAAGAGUUAUAUGACGAAAGGUUGGGAGAGUUAUAUUCAUUCUGAAGGCCAAAAGUUUGAGGGUGGGGUUGUUGAGUUUAGGGAUAAGCUGCGUAAGUAUGCCAUAGAAAUUGGCUUUUCAUAUGAGUUUGUUAGAAAUGACAAGGUUCGUGUUAUUGCUCAGUGUUCUAAGAAACAUUCUCAAGGCUGCAAUUGGCUUGUGAAGGCUCAUUUAUGCAGGGCUAAUGGUUUCUUUAUGAUUAAAAGGUUGGUUAAUGUUCACACUUGUCAUGGUGUGAUUCGUUUGCAGAAGAGUAAGAUGAUGGGAUCCAAGGUUGUCAAGUCUAUUGUGCUUGAUAAGAUUCGUGCCAAUCCAAACAAAAAGCCAAUUGAUAUAGCUGAUGAGAUCAAGAGUGAUUAUGGUUUGGAUGUUGCUUAUCGUACAGUUUGGUAUGGUACGGAGUUGGCAAAAACAGCCCUACAUGGUGAUGAAGCUGAGUCUUAUGCUCAGCUACUUUGGUUCAGUGAGUCUGUUAUGAAGUCAAACCCCGACUCUAGGAUAGUGGUUGAGUUUCAUCGAGAAACACACAGGUUUCAGCGUAUGUUUGUGACCUAUGGUGCAUGGAUGAAGGGUUUUCAAUCUUGUAGACCUAUUCUUUUCAUUGAUGCUACAUUCAUUACCAACAAGUACAAGGGGCAGAUUAUUGCUGCAUCGGCAAAGGAUGCCAAUCAAGGCUUGUAUCCAGUUGCUUAUGCUAUUGUGGAUUCUGAAAAUGAGAGUAAUUGGAGAUUUUUUCUUGAGGUUUUGGCUGAAGAGUUUGCAAAACACCCUAUGAGGAGGGUGACGUUUAUUUCUGAUCGUCAUGUUGGGCUUGUUAGUGCUUUCCCUAGAGUGUUUCCCAAUAAUCCACAUGGGUUUUGUUUUAGACACCUGAUGGCUAACCUUUCUGACAAAUUUCCAGCUGGUUCUUACCUCAAGGAUCGGAUUCCUUACUUGUUUAUGUGUUGUGCUUAUUCUCGAACACCGGAGAUGUAUGAGUUCAACAUGGAAAUCUUGAGGAGUGAAGGCGGCGACAUAGUUGCUCAAUUUCUGGAGGAUCUUCCCAAGGAGAACUGGUGUAUGGCUUACUUUAACGGCGAAAGAUUUGGUGAAAUGACAAAUAACUUGGCUGAGUCUUUCAAUAAUUGGGUGUUGCCUUUGAAGAGUCUUCCUAUUCUUGAUAUUAAUGAUGGCAUUAGAGUGAAGUCCAUGGCUUCAAUUGCUGCUCGGAAGCAGGAUGCUGAGGAAUGGUUCUCUGAGUUGUGCCCGGUGAUUGAAAAGAAGCUGAAGGAGAAUUUGGAAGUCGGAAGGCAUUGGAGAGUGAGCAGGUCUGAUACCUAUGUGUAUGAAGUUCACUGCCAGAAGUACAAUAACAUGGUAAAUUUGGAAACUCGCUUUUGUUCGUGUGGAGAAUGGCAGCUGUAUGGCUUCCCAUGUUCCCAUGCCCUUGUAGUGAUCCAACAACAUGGUUCUUCCCCGUAUUUGUAUGUCAAUGAGCUGUACAAGGUGGAGAAAUAUCGAGAAACUUAUUCUUUCCCAAUUAAUCCUCUUCCCUCUAUUUCGAAGCAAGUGCAUGAUUUUGGUAGAGAUGCGGUUUUUAAUAGUUACAUGUACAGUGACAUAACCAUUUUGGCAUUAGUUUACAUUGACUUGUCCUGUGACAUUAGUUUUUAG